AUUUUGUACAGACGUGUUGAUGAAUCAACGGAAUAAAAGACUUUAUCUCAGCAGCCUGAAAAAAUAAAACCUCCAGUAGUCACUCCAGUUGAACCACAAGCAUCUCAAGUAGCCAAUAUUUAUCAUGAACAACAGCAAAACCUAUCAAUAGAAAGAGCUCAUAAAGAUAUCAAAUCCAUGAUGGAAAAAUCGAAAGUUGAUUUACAUGACAAAGAGGAGUAUGCCAAGUUGUUAUUAUGGGAUUUUGCUGGAGAUGAAGAAUUUUACCACACACACCAAACAUGUCUGUCCCAAGAUGCAAUUUAUCUUGUUGUAACAAAACUUAAUGAGGCUGAUGACAAAAAUGCACAAGAGAUGUUUCAGUUGUGGAUGAAUUCAAUACAUUGCUACUGUAGACUUGAUGAUCAGGAAAAAAACCCUGGAAGUUUUACUGCUAAAAAAGAUGAAAGUACUGAGACACAGGAAACAAAUAUGCUCGAUCCACCAGUGAUUCUUGUUGGUUCACAUAAAGACAAAGUCAGGCUUUCAAAGGGAGAAAAGAUAGGGAUUGAAUGCAAGAAGCAGAUUCAAAGCUAUGUGAAAGAUGUUUCAGAUGAUGCCUGUGGACAUAUACGAUCUGAAUACUUCAUUUCAAAUACAAAAGAUGAUGAUGUUGUAUUCCAGAGAAUAAAACAGGACAUCUUAAACUUAGCCAGAGGAAUGAAAUCGUGGAAUAAAGAAUAUCCAUUGAAAUUUAUUCAACUGGAAAAAUGUCUUCAAGAGAGGAAGAAAGGGUUAUCAGUUCCAAUUAUAACCUUAAAAGAACUUGAGCAAAUCUCUCUUGAAACACCAAUGCCAAUGAAUGCUGAAGAACUAAUGUUGUUUUUGAAAUUUCACCACGAAAUCAGAGCUAUAGUUUAUUUUGAGGAUCUUCCCGAAUUCAUCAUCCUAGAUACACAAUGGUUGUCUGAUGCAUUUAAAUGUAUAGUUACCGCGGAGAAAUUUCAAUCAGAUGUAAGCAGACAUAGAAUUAAGGAAAAAUUGAAAGAUUUAAAUAUUAGAGGAAUAUUACAUAGUGCGGUUUUAGAUGAUAUCUUUAGAGAUGAAAAAACAAUUUUGUAUAAAUAUGAUCAACAUAAAGAUGAUAUCCUGAAUAUUAUGGAAAAGUUUGAUAUUAUUAUACCUGCAACCAGAGAAGGUGCUGAUGAAAAACCUUGCUACUAUGUUCCUUGCAUGGUCAAAUCAAAACCAGAAUAUGACAUAUAUGAGAUGUUUAAUGUAACCAACAAAACAUGUCAGAAAUCCACCUGGUUAUGUUUCAAGUUCAGGUUUCUACCACCCCAUCUAAUUAAUCAUUUGAUUGCCUCACUGAGUAGGAAGUUUAAAGUGGCAGAGGUGGAUGCAACUGAACAGGAGAAAAGUCCAAUUGCUUUUUUCAGAGGUACUGUUGUCUUUGAAUUACAGAAAGCAACAAAGUUAAGAAAACUAAUUUUAAUGGCAUGUCCGAAUUUUAUUCAAAUUCAGGUUUUGGAAUUUAAAAAAGAAAUUAAAAGAGGUAUGUACAAAUACAUUGCUGCCUUUUUGACAGAGGAAAUAAUCAAGAUAAUAGAUACAAGAUUCAAGAUGUCAAAUGUAAAAUUUGAGAAAAAGUGGAAAUGUGGUCUUAACAAACCAGAGUCUGUUACAGGAUUACAUGACUUUAGUGAAAAACAGAUUAUAGAAUAUCAUUGUGAGAAAUGUAAAGCAAUCCACAGGUUCACUGGUGAAUGGUCAGAUCUACAAAAUGAAUCACUAUGUAUCUCCAAGGAAGAGUUUAAUUUCACAAAAAUGGGAAUGAUUGUGCUAAAUAUUCUAGCUGAUGUUUUAUAUGAUUUACUCAAACAAGAUAAACCCAACCUGCCUCUUAGGAGUGAUUGUGAUAUAACGUAUUUGUACAGUGAGCACAGAUAUAUUAAUAAGCAUAUUCCAAGUAAUUCAAGCAACCGACGAUGUCCCCCUGGACCAUGGGGAGGGAAAUGGCAAGAUAUUCAGAAUACUGACAUAGCUAUUGGAGAUGAUAUUGAACGCAUACGACUUACAAGAAAUGAACUGCAACACUCUAGGACAUUUAAUCUUGAUGAUAAUCGUUAUAUUGAAUUAUGCAAUAUCAUUGGUCAUCUUUUAAAACGGUUUGAUCAAAAUAUCAAACCAGUGAGUCUGUAUACAGAUCGACUGAAUGAAACAUUAGCUAAGACUUGCUCUGAGGAGGAAGUGAUAUCAAUUGAAAAUGAAAUAUAAGAUCUUGUAUCAUGAGGAAGAAAUGAAACUCCAAAUAAAAUGGUUAAUGCUGUUCUACAAGAUGGAUCUACUGAAGCCUGGUGUUGACAAAAGUGACAUUUAUAACCUUAAUUUCUUGUUAAAAAGGCAGUGCAAACAUAUACCAUUUUGAAAGUUUUUGUUUGUUUGUUGUAUU